AUGUCCCGCCGCAUUUUCAUCGUCCGCCACGGGGAGCGCUCGGAUGGCCCGGGGCUGCCUCCUCCACCCGAGGAUGGCUUUCCAGAGGCUCCGCUCACCGUCGCCGGACUCUUCCAGGCGCGCUGCACAGCGGCCGCUCUCAAAACACUGCUGGGGCCUCUGAGUGCGGCAGUGGUCUCCUCCCCAGCCCGUCGCUGCCUGCAGACGGCCAGGCCCAUCGCCGAAGCACUGCAGGCUGCACUCUAUGUGGAGCCUGGGCUGGCCGAUUGGAGCGAAACGAGACUGCCUGUGCAAGUACCGCUGCCGGAGUUGGGCCUGGAGGUGCGGCACUUGGGCCCUGUUUGGGCUGAACCGCUAGAGGAGGAGACGUGGGAAAUGGCCGUGCGGCGGUACAGAGAGACGUAUGCAGGCCUCACUUCACACCUGUGCUUGGUAAGCAUCUCGGACCCAGCGGUGCCCGCACUGGUUCUUUGCAGCCACCAAGCUGCUCUCGAAGCCCUGGCGCCCGCUUCCUGGACACAGGGCCAUUGUGCCGUGACGGAGCUGUCUGGAAUUCCUCCUGUGCCCGGAUCACUGCUGCAUGAUUGUUCGGCAUGGCGCCUGAGAUUCGUCUUUGUGGCUUCCCGCGAGCCGCGGCCACGGUACUGGCGGGCGAAGCUGGGCACACCGACCAGAACCAGGCCACUCGAAUCUCAUGGAGACUUCUGGACUGUUGCCGUGGCUCAGCUCCAAGCUCAUCUGACCGUGACCAGCUCCAAGCGCGAGCGUCCGCUUCUGCUCUUUUUCCUCGAUGUGACCGGGGAACUCAUCCACCUGUCUUGCGGUCUCGCGGUUUCGGCCAACGAGGCGGGGGAGCUCACGCUGGCGGGAGCACAGAGACUUCGUUGGUUCUCGGGACCUGGAGGUGAGCUGCUGAACGAGAAGGGAGUGCAUCUCGCGGUGCGAAACGGUGAGAUGCCAACUCUGUGGAUGAAAGAAGGGAGCAGCGACGACUCCAUGGCCUUUGACCUCUUGCCACUUGGCAAGGCUGGCCUGGGCCUGGGCGCGCUUGCGGACGCAGCGAAGAAAGACUCGGCAAGCUGA